AUGGCGCCGCACGAUCUCCGCCGUCCGUUCAAACGACCGUUGAUCUCCGAUCAAGAGAGGCGCAGACAACAGUCUCUACUCCGCCAGGCACAGAAUCGCCUCGACGCUCAGCGUCAGGCUCGCUUCUUAGCCUCCACCGCAUUCUCUCUCUCAUCCCAAACCCCCGAACCCGAACCCGAACCCGUGAACGAACCUGAGGUAUAUCAGAAAGAGGAACUCGACGUGUUGGAGGCAUCAAAGCUGAAAGGCGCAGAAGCUAGGAAAUGGUUCGCGAAGCAACUCAUGCUUCCUGAAUGGAUGAUUGAUAUCCCCGAAAAUCUCGCCAAUGAUUGGUUUGUUUUUGCAAGGCCCUCUGGAAAACGGUGUUUUGUGGUUUCUAGUAACGGAACAACUAUAAGCCGUUUGAGAAACGGUUCCAUACUUCACCGUUUUCCUUCUAAAUUGCCCAACGGGGCAAGGACAAAAGAAGUUUCAUCUGCUUCUAAUUCUUACUCUAUACUUGACUGCAUUUUCCACGAGCAAGAUCAAACUUACUACGUUAUUGAUAUGGUUUGUUGGCGUGGCUACUCCCUUUAUGAUUGUACUUCUGAGUUCAGGUUCUUUUGGGUGAACUCCAAGCUUGCCGAGACCGGUGCUUGUGACUCUCCUUCGUAUUAUCAUAAGUAUAAGUUCGGUAUAGUUCCGGUGUAUGGUUGUGAUCAGAGUGGUUUGUGUUCAGCUUAUUCUGCGCCUGUGCCUUAUGUCAAAGACGGUCUCCUAUUCUAUAACAAGCAUGCACAUUACCAGGCUGGGAAUACGCCAUUAGCAUUAGUUUGGAAAGAUGAGAACUGCAGUCAAUAUGUUAUGGACACUGACAGUCAAGGACAGGUUCCUAACCAACAACAGGUGGUUUUGGAGCUUCAAGAAGAUGGAAAACUGACUACAUGCGAUGACCCUCAUGUGGUAUUUGGCUGUUUGGACGGAAGCUUCAUUCAGCAGUCAGAUUUGCAUUCAGGAUAUCUUCUACGGUUUGCAAUUGGAGAAGGGGGGUUGGUUUUGGUGGAUGGGAAACUUGAGAAGGCUGAUCUAAAGUAUCUUGGCAAGGCCAAUCGAGCUCGUGCCUCUGCUGAUAGUUUCUCUAAGGUUAUGUUCCAAUAUAGUGUUCGACACUCCCCCCUCAGAAUUGAUGAUCUGUUGGGUUCUGUUAGCUCACCAGUAGAUCAAGAAAGUAAAGCAUGCGACAUUGAGAUGGAUGGUUGAUGGGAAAUGCUACCUUAAUGUGUGGCUUUCUUUGAUGCUUAUCCCAUGAAGCCUUCUAUAAUUUAUAGAGAAUCCACGAAAUUAUUAGCCACCAGUCUACCAUACAUGCUGAGAUAAACCUGUAUCGGUUGAAGUUGUGUUUUGCCUCCGGAGUUUUUUUAACCCAUAUGGAGAGCAGGUGCACACAUGCACAUUAUCUAUCUUGUUCUUUGUGAUGCUGAUAGCAUGAUAGUGUGACUGUUAUUUUUACAAUCACGAGUAAUUUAGUAUACUGUGUAUUGCUCAUUAUUGUAAAUUUCAAAGUCAUAUGUCCUAAGUUAUGUGCUAGAUUUCCUUUUUCUUUCA